AUGGCCGCCAGCAGUAAGAGAGAAAGCCGUAGAAAAUGCAAAAUCGAUGUCGACUACGUGCAGAUGAACUCUUUAUCAUCUGUUGUAUUGUACAAUAGUAAGCCGAAAAGGCGAGAUUCGAAAUUUUAUGCUGCCGAAAGAGUUAUCACGCGAAGAAAAAAGCC